AUGUACCUGCUGCACUUCAUCGCGAUCGCAUUGCUGGCUGUCUUGGCUAUUGCUACCCCCAUUUCCUCUGCUGAUCCCCAGGGUCAAUUCGAUGAUGCUUCGUUACUUGGGAUGACUCCAACUUCUACAGGUCUUGCUGCUACAGCGUUGCGCGAUCUUCCUACAUCUGGGCCUUGCAAAGCAUUCUAUUUCGAUCCCAAAGACAACGUUCCUUGCGGAUCCGUGGCGAGACAAUUCAUGAUUUAUCUCUCUUAUCCAGAGUACGAUCAAACUUCCACAUCAGAAUGGUGCGAGGUAUUUCUGCAGAGCAACGGCAUAUGCAGAGCUACAUCGCCCAACUCUCCAUCGGCAUUCCCAACACCCCGAGCAAGUACCUUAUCCAUCAGCACUCUCAUACCGACGCAGACUUCUGUUGCGACGAUUAGCGACAUGGCAAGCACUACACGGAUGAAUGCGACAGCAACAUGUUCGAGUGUCAUAGCGACAGUAUCUGUCAACGGUGCCACUGCAUCACCUGUUUCCCCCGGCUCCAAUUCAACCAUGAGCACAAGUACAGCCGCGCCCAGCAGCACCAACAUCAACACGACAGCCGCCACGGGACCCAUCACCUCAACAACAUCGCGAUACUCGGUCGUGCUAGCAAGCGAGCGCGAAAGUCUGUACAGUGCGAGUGUCUUAGGACUAGGAAUCACACCCAACGCAAGCACCCUCAGUGAAUCAGUCACUACUAGCACUGGACUGUCCACCGAGUCUAAUGGUCCAAGCGCGAGCAGCCCGGCCAGCUCGUCCGCCGUGGCAAAUUCUACCAAUCCAAUAGUCAGAAUCACAACGAGAGUCGUCAGCUUCACCAUCGAUGGCGGCAAUCGUACGAGUUUGAUGACGGCGCUCGUCAACGCGUAUGUGGUUGCUAAUGCCACGACGACAGCAAUACCCAUUCGGAGCUCUGCGGUCACGUCUGCGACUGAGUGA